AUGGGAGAUCCUGCGAUUUUCAGGAUGGACGGCGGAAGGAUCGAAGCGAACUAUCAAGCUAUGGUCCAAGGAAUCUCUCGAGCGAGCAGUAUCCGCGUCGAUCUCAUCGCACCUUGGACUGUUGAUCGCACAAAGUCCGGCGCUUCACAGUACUUUCUGACCCUGAACAUGGUCCUCGACUUCACAUCUAUCAACCGAUUCGCGCAACCGAAGAUUUGCACAUCCUUUGCGAUUUUGAUUUCUUACAAAAAACAGCAUUGGGGUCUCCAAAAUCUUCAAAUACCGCAACGAUCAAGACCGUUAGCCCAGGUGUUUCCUGCGACUUGUUUCUGA